CCAAAAGUCAUGGAUGAACCAACCAAAGAACAAACACACCGUAUGUACUCAUUUAGACUGGCAAAGCGGCGCGACGGAGACUACGGAACCACUGCAGUUGUGGAUUAAAUUCAUCAGCAGAGGAAAUAUUGACAGGUUUGGAGACUAAAGCCAAGCAAAAGUGAACCUCCCCACACUCACCGUCCUGAGUCUCCUGUGGUCUUCCCCCCUUCUAAAAUGACUUCAAGGCAGGGAGACAUCCCAGCACUUGAGUCUGGCACUUCAUCUGGACUCUUUGGUGCCUUGUCGUCUCCUAUUGGAAUGACUCGGCGCAACAUAAGCUAUGAUGAGCACAUGGAUUCCCCCAUGCAUUCCCCACCUCCAGACCUGACUGUCAACAUCUUAUGGACAGAUCCAGUCAUCCCAAAGCACAAGUUCAGGAACACAGCAGAGGAGAGCAAGAGUGGGGAGAAGUUGCUGACCUUUGAGGCACCGUCGGCUGCCAAGUCCCCAGUGCAUAUUGUGAAAGCCAAAGCCAGCACUUUAAUGAGCACACUGAUGAUCAAGCAGACCAAUGAGAAUCUGCAGAAGUUUGAGCACCAGGCAGGCCUGACAGAUACCGGAUAUUCACCCCACAAAGGCCUCUCUGCCGAGGAGACCCGCUUUCACCGACUUUGUGACAACACGCUGCCAAAGUUGAGAAUGCCAAGCGGGGACUUCAAGGAGGAAAGGCUUACAACAUCAGCUCAAUCCACCCCAAGUGUCACCCCUUCUGUAACCCCCAGUGUCACCCCCUGUGUCAGUCCCCACUCAUCACCGUCUCUCAGUCGCAGGAGCUGGUUCCCGCUGAGUCCCACACCUUUUCUUACAACUCCAGAGCUCAACAGUCCCAUCCCUAAUACAGACAUGGGAGGAAAUGAAGGAGGAGGAGGAGGAGGAGCAGGAGGAGAGAGAUGGAACUUCUUUGGAACUCGGUCUGUGGUUCAGAAGUCCCCCACUGACCCAGGUUCCGAUACUGGCACAGGCUUCUCUCUGCAGUCCUACUUCGGCCUGCAGAAGUCCAGUACCAUUGACGGCACCAACCCCCAGGUCAACUUUAAGGGGGACGACUCCACCCACUUCAUGGCUCCCAAACUUGACAUCCCUGGCAUAGAGUCUAAGCGGAUUCCUCCACGGCCGCACAAACUUAAACCCCGGGACAUGAAUGUUUUAACACCUUCAGGUUUCUGAAGCCGACAAGCUGUGUGUAGUCCCACAUCUCUACCCCAUCUCAAAAUGUUUCCUCCUCGGUCUGAUUGCUUAUCUGCUUCUGCAACUCCAUCUCUCCCUUCCUCCUCCCUGCAAACUCCCUGAAGCUGAAAGUAAUGAGGACCACCUCUAGUGUUAGCUCAGCAGCCUCAGAGAAAUCACAGCACUGAUACUCCUCCCAGCUGAUGUACUCAGAUAAACUUCUUCUCUCUUCUGCUAGUCCAACAAUAAUCAAAUUUCUUCUUAGACAGUGGUCCAAUAAAACAUGAUGUGAAAUAACUUCCUUUGUCAUCCCUGAAGAUGGUACCGCAGAUGUACUAAUUGUCUGUCACGUAUUUGGUGCAUUGGUGUGCAUCGCCUUGUUGUCCUUGUUCUGUUGUCAGUGAUGGCACGAGAAAGAAGAUGUUGAAGCAUCUUGUCAGCCCCUCAUAUCAAACCUGACCAGAUAUUUCAAUUCUUAUGCUCAGUUGCCUCGUUUGUAUUAUAAUUUUUCUAUUUUAAAUAAGCUCACAGAUUUGUAGUAGUGUAGUGCUUCUCUGUCAGCAUGCAGAGUGUAGAGUGGUACGACUGAUACUGUGCCUAAACUUGCAGCGUGUUUGCUUUUGGCAUUGUUGCCAUCUAAAUUCUGUUUUUUAUGGGCAAGAGAAUUUUAGUGUGAGAAUGUGUAACUGCUGACCUGAAGUGAAUUUUUUUUUAUUAUUAUUGUUUCAACGUAUUAAGUAUUUUAGGUUGUUUGCUUUAAAUCAGCAUUGUUUACUAUAAAUAGCUGUUGGUAUGUUGCAUUCAUCGCAUUUUUUUUAUUGCAUCUUAAUAUUGUUUUCAACAUGCCAUAAUAACGCAAAGAAUUGCAGUCUUGAAUUUUGAUUUAGCAUUUCCUGGGAUUGAAUAAAGGAAUCCCUGCUGUUUGUUUUAUUUGAAAGAGUUGAUGAAUUCCAGUAAGUAAUUGCACAAGGGAGAUGUCUCCCACUUAUAUCUGUAAAUAAAUCUGAUACUUAGAAGCAAA